AUGGCAGCAACAGCGCGGGCCUUCAAGGUGGCCUUCAAGUGCACCGGCUGCGGGCGCUGCUGCACCGGCAAAGGCGGCGUCGCCUAUGUCAACAGCAGCGAGGUUGCAGCUAUGGCCGAGCAUCUCGCUUUGCCAAAAGCCACGUUUGCCAAAACGUACCUGCGCAGCGUGAAUGGCGCGACCGCCCUGCGCCAGACGGACGACGACAGCCAGUGCAUCUUCCUCGAUGGCAAGCGAUGCAGCGUGUACCCGGCUCGGCCGACGCAGUGCCGGACGUACCCGUUCUGGCCGCAACAGCUCAUCUCCAAGUACGACUGGACGCUGGCUGCCAACGAGUGCGAAGGCAUCCUGCUGGACGCACCGUCGCCCGAGACCAUCACGCCCGACGCGCACAUCCUCAAGGAAGUCGUGAUUCACGAGGUACACCGAUCGGGCGAGAACCUCACGUACGACGACAUCGAUGAACUUGUUUCGGAGCUCGAGCCCGAGAUGCUUGACGCCUUCCAAGAGGAGGUCGAUGCCAAGUACCAGCGCACGAUCCUCCACGAAGACGACGAGAUUCUGGUCAUGGACAGUUUUCUCGAUGGCCUGCCACCGACGCGGUCGCUGCAUUUCGUUGACCGCCUCGAGCUUGUCCAAAGCGAAAUCUUGCUCAACGAGGACGGUUCGAUCAAUGACGCAGCGCUAGCCCUGGACGUGCACAAGGGUCUCUGCGUCGGCCUCGCGCUGCUACCCACCGAGCGCCUCCACAACCUCCGCAUUGGCUUGCUCGGCGCCGGCGCAGGUGUCCUCCCGACCUUCCUACAGAGACACUUGCGCGGCGAGGUGCUCAUGGACGCCGUUGACCCUUCGCGCGCGAUGCUCUCUGCAGGCCAACGAUUCUUCCACCUCAUACCGUCCGACCGCCUCUCGCUGCACGAAGCAAUGGGCGAAGCCUAUGUCGCCCGCCAGCCAGACGCGUCCUUGGACUGGCUCGUGCUCGAUGUCGAAGACGGGAACGCUGCGCCGACCGAGCUGCGUGCACCGCCCGCGUCGUUCCUUACACCGGCGUUCAUGGCAGACGCCAGUCGCGUGCUCACGGGUGACGGCAGCCUCGCGAUCAACGUCAUCUUUCCGAAAGCCUCCGGUGAUGCAGACGCGUCGCUUGAGAUGCUUCGGGUGCUCCUCUCGCCCCACUUUGCUUCGAUCUACGUGCUCGCGCUGCCGAAGAACGCGGUUGUGUUUGCGGCCAAGCGCGAGCGGACGGAAGCGCCGACCGCGCUCGUGAACGACGGUAGCAUCGGGCGUCCACUGGCCGCAACGAUCCGAGAGCAGCUGGCGGCCAGCACCUUGCGUCGACUAGGAGAAUAG